CACGUGCUCGGAUUACCGGGUGAUAGGUCAGCAGUAGUGCGUUCUGAAGGGCGCUCCUCCUUUAAAACCGCGACGGUUGGGGGCGUGUAGUGACAUGACCGGGGUGCCCAUGACGGUCCUAUCAGUGUCCUGAUGAAAUCAUGUGUGCGGUGUCACUGUCAUUGUAUGAUAGGGUUGUCUCUCUCAAAGGGGAAUUUAAUCAAUAUAACUAACAGUAUUUUCUAUUCAAAAACAUUGAUCGGAAGGGUUGGAGUUUCUUCUCCAACAGACACUUGAAUUCCAUAUCAGUAUUGAUUCACGAUUCACCUUGGUUAACCUAUUGGCUAUACCCUUGAAGCACCAGCAGACGGCCUCUUUAACCAAACAUAUGCUUAUUCGUAGCGGCGACGGUCACAGCACAGCACAGGACAGGAGCACGUUGCAGUACCGAGAUCUCUUAACCGAACCGGAGACGUAGGCUACGUAGCACGGAGCAGCUGACUUGGAAAAGCAGGCGCUAUAAUUUUCCCACCGUGGCUGCGUCGAGAGAACUCGGCCAAAAAGUGGGUUGCUUUAAAGACCACCACGGUAUUUGGAGUCGACACAUUGUAGGCUAUCACACCACUUCCGACUUGUUUGAAGAUAACCCACUUAUCUUUCCUUCGCAACACUGAAGUUCUCGGCUUUCACAUGAUGUACACUAUUACUAGAGGUCCCAGUAAACUUGUUACACAGCGCAGGACAGGUCCCACGCAGCAAAUUGAGAAUAAAACCAACGACUUGAAGCUCAAACCGACCCCCUGGUUAUCCUCAAACUCUCCAGCUCCUAAGAUAGUGUUUAAUCGCCUGAACGGGAAGCGAUACCACACUGCAGCCACACAGAAGGAAGACACUCCAUCUGCAGGCUUCACCCCCGCUCAUGAAGAGAAUGUCCGAUUUGUGUACGAAGCAUGGCAGGAGAUCGAGCAGCAGCUGGCAGGAGAUGGAGAGGGCAGUGUGGAGCCGGCUGCUGUAUGUGGCCAGGGCCCCGUGCAGUACGCAGAGAAGACCCCCAGUACCACAAUGAAGAACUUUGUGCCCAUAGACCUGGAGGAGUGGUGGGCCCAGCGUUUCCUGGCCAACAUCGCUAACCUGUCGUGACGGGACAGGAAGAGAAGGAGUAACCAGGGAGGAGAAGGGACAGGAGGUGCUGACUGGCGAGGAAGCCACAUGGGCCAAGCUGUGAUCAGAAGAAGCGGCGCAGGAGGGGUGGAGAGAGGACAUUCUGGUUCUGAAGCUGCAGUUUAGUGGGCUGUAGUGGGCUUCCUGUAUUUUGUACCUAGUAUUUUGGGUACAAAGGCAUACCGAUAUCUGCACCGUGCUAGGGGAGUGUGUGACACUUUCCCCGAAUGGUCCUGAAGCUAUGAACUUUUAGACUGAACGCUCCACCUCCAAGGAAAGUGGCUGUUCCUGAUUGGCUAAUCAACCAGAAGAACCAAUUAAUGAAGAGGAUCUGUGAUUUUUCUUCUGCUUGUGUUUUCAUUUUAAUAAGUACCUCACUGCCCCCCAACAUAAGUUGUGCUCAGAUUGAAAAGUCUUUCUUGGCUGGUCUUUGGAGAAAAACAAAAGAAAAACAGUAAAAUAUUUUUUACAAUU